CACUUGUGGCGAAAUACGACAGAUUGGUUUGUGGACAGUAAUAAAAUGUUAACAUGCUUUCUCGGUAUUAUUAUUAUUUAAAAACAAAACGUUUUUUCUUUAUGUCUGUUUCUAUUCUUGCUCAUCGAGGUCAUGGCAAUCCCAAAAGGCGUCAUUCAAACAAGAUGUGUUUCUGCUUGAUGCAGCGGCUGCAGGGUACAUUCAGCUGUAAACAAGGUAUUCCGGCUUCUUACCACACAAACACACCCCUCUCUCUCUCUUUCUCGCUAUCCACCUUUCCAUCCGUCCUCCUGACUGCAGUCUGCAGCCGCUGCCCACAGAUGCUGAUGCUGCUGAGCAACAGCGUUCUCUUUUGGAUUCACUGUCUCGAGACAUUUCGUAAUUGCUGCGACAAAGAUGGACAACACGUUUACGCAGGGGUAGCUCAAUCUACCCAGACUGAUAAGUAAGACAAAGGAGUGCUGCUAUAACAGAACUGGGAUUAGAACUAGAAAGAAUGAUGGAAAAGAUUGGGGCGAAUGGUUAAAAGAUUACUCAAAAAAAAAAAAAGUGGGGGGAGAGUUUGAAUGGCAGAUGAUUAUAGGCAGAGGGGGAAGACCACAGAGGGGCUCUGCUGCAGUAGAAUGAGGGUCAGAGAGGAAGAGCACUUGGGCUGCCAGCCUUCUGCACCCUGCUUGGGCUCCAUCGCCGCUCACUCCUCUCUCUGAAGAGGCUACAAAGAGGAAUCCACAGUGGAGGCAAGAAGGAGAAGGAGGAGGGGGCCUGAGGAGGAGGAAGCCAGAGGUUCUACACACAAGAUGGCUGCUGUGUCCUCUGCCUCUGACACUGGGGACUCCAGGGGUCGUCACCCCCCUGAACGCCGGCUGCUGAUCCUCGGCGGUCCAAAAGCCGGUAAGACCUCCUCAGCCAACACCAUCCUUGGAGAAGAGGUCUUUGACGUCGGGACGGAGACGACUCACAGCAACGUGGGUCAAACGGAGAUCUUCGGCCGUCGGGUCACGGUGGUAGAUACGCCCCCGUGGGUCAUUCCCGGUGACACGGAGGAUGAGACGGAGGCAGAUGAUAACGGAAACACUGGCGCCGAGUCAGAGAGCCUGCCAAGACCCCCGCCCAGCCUGGACAGUGAGGGGCCUUGCAUGGGGGCGAUCCUGUGCCCUCCUGGACCACACGCGAUCCUGCUGGUGGUGUCCAUCACGCAGCCCUUUACCGACACCGAGAGGAGAGCUGCUGAGGAACAGCUGGGGGCCCUGGGGGGUGGAACCUGGAGAUACUCCAUGGUGCUCUUCACUGGCGUGGACAAGUUGCACAAGGGAGUCUUCAUUGAAGAGCAUAUCGCAAACACAGGAGAGGCCCUGCAGUGGCUGGUAGAGAGAUGUGGAAGCAGGUACCACGCUUUUGAUAACAGCUGGAAAGACACAGAGGACAAUACGCAGGUGCCCGAGCUGAUGGAAAAGGUGGAGGAAAUGAUCACUGACAACCAAGGCUGGUACUUUGAAGUGAAUGAACUGAUCUUGCUGGAGGAGGAGCAGGCAAGGAGAGCUCUGGAGGAGGAGAGGAUGAGGAUGGAGGAACAUGCGAGACAAAGAGAGCAGAUGAUUGGAGGUCCUCCCAGGGAGCUGAGGUUGCUGUUGUUAGGGUGGAAGGGUGUCGGAAAGAGCUCCGUGGGGAACGCCAUCCUGGGCCGUCGGUUCUUCGAGUCGGGCCAGGAGACGGACCUCUGUCUGAGGAGGCAGGCGCUUGUGUCCGGUCGCCGCGUCACCAUAGUCGACACCCCGGGCUGGGACUGGUUCUCAGUGCGGCGUACGCCGAAGCGCAUCCGUCAGGAGUCACAGCGCGGCGCCGCCCUUCUCCGACCUGGACCCCACACACUGCUGCUGGUCCUCCCCGUCGUCUCCUCCCUCACCGCCAGGAAGAGGAGAACACUUCUGGCCCACAUCGAGACUCUGUUUGGCGACACCGCCUGCCUCCACACCAUGGUACUGUUCAGUUGUGGCGACUGGCUGGGCCGAACGCCCAUUGAAGAACACAUACUCAGAGGGGGUCGUGAACUGCAAAGACUGCUUGAGUACUGCGGGAACUAUUACCAUGUCAUGGACAGUAAGACCCCCGGCAAGGACCGGAGUGUCUCAAACCUUCUGGAUAAGAUUGAGGAGAUGAUCAGGGAGAACGGGGACAAGGCCUUCCUCCCUGUGCAGACCGAAUGGUUGAGCGAGGAGAGCUCUUACUCCUCGGACAACACCGAGCCUGAGGACGACUGCCGAGGGUGCCAGCUGCAGUGAUGAAGCUGAAAGCAAAGAGGUUCUUUGUGCGUUUACUGUUCUUCUGAGUGUCCAGUAGGACCAAACCUAACCUCGUGUACCUAUGGCCUCAUCUAGAUAGCCGUUCUAGACGUAUUGGUAGUUGGUUCUUUGUUUGAGAAAAACACUGACGGUCGUUGGACGAGGAUCACUUUCGAGCGCUCUUACAGAGGAAACAUUACCAUGAAUAAAUAUAUUUACAGAUUGAGGUGCCACAGCAAAUUGAAGGAUUACUCCUCUCUGUAACCCUUUGUUCCAUCCACACACUUCUAGGAUUUAGAGUUGAAAAGUUGAGUUGAGGAAUGACUGAUGCAGUCAUUGAGCACAUCGUAAGUCUAAUCCAUUUCAAUCCUAAAAGGAUUUAAGAUGACAUUAUCUGGAGAAAGCAGCUUGUUUUCUCUCUUGUCUGUUAAAGGACUAACUGAAGGAACGCUUCCUUCCUUUUUGCCUAGUUAUUCUUUCGUGUCGGAAAGAGCAACAACUCCAUCGCCUGCUCUUUGAGUCCCUUGAAUCAAAGGUUGCACAACGAAAAGCUUCAGUAAAGAAGCCAACCCGGUGAACCCCAAAUCACAGCCCAGGUACUAUGCUAAAUGGCGAUAGAUGACAAAUCUGCUGGGAGCGAGUGCACUCCAGUACGCCUUUGCACAAGAAAGUGGAUCGUUUUAUGAGGACUUUGAAUCCUGAGUGAUAUUAAAAAUUUAAAUACAGAGAAAAGCUUCCCUCAUUAAUAUUUGAUUCAUUUCCGCUCGCGAGACAGGCUUGAAGUGAUCUCUCUUGGGUAAAAUCUGACACGUUUACCAAAAAGCUGGCGUAAAUGCAGAUUGAAAUGCUGCAGACAUUGCUCACAUAAAAUCAAAAAGGGUUCCUUUGCAGAAACUACAAUUUUUGCGCUUCGGUUUCACUCAUUUACUUUGAUUCUAUUGUGCGAGUAGAUUAGGACAGUCCCAUUAAACAAAUUGAGUCAUCAAUAUAGUCAUAUAAAUUGGCUUUGUGCUCAAGAGGGACACAAAACACUAUGGAAGCGACUGUAUAGGAAGAAUCCUGUGGAGCGGCCCAGACUGGCUGACUCUGCUUCGCCAUUUGUGCUACGUUCAACUCUGCUCUACGUGCCUCAGCAUCAAAGCGUGAUAGUGGGAGUACAGCCUUGCCGGAGGGCUGUUUCCUAUAGCAUACGUCAAGCUUUUGCAUGCUACUGAAACCACAUAACCUCAUAAAUCGCUGAAGCUCAAAAAACAGGGCUCCCAAGCAACUUUUUCUACAUUAAGAGUAAAUCUGCUAUACAAGAUGUACAUAUAUACAUCGCUGUGAGGCAUGUUAAAACACUGCAUGCGGAUAAAUGAGUUCCUUGAGAUUGGAUGUUCUAACGUCACUUCCUUCAACCUCAAAAACCUGCUUGAAGAUACCCACGUGCAUAUCUGGUAUAACUUCACAACUCUCUGCUUUUUACUGCUGCAAGCAGAAAUGGGAAACAAGAGAACUUUUCGUGAAAUUAACGAUGUUUUAUGUGACUGAUACCUCAGCCGCGCUGUCAAUUUUAUUUUUAUCUAAACAGACCCAGAUCGUGCGUCUGUCUCCGCUUUGGUGACUCUGUGCUUCAUCGAAUUACAUUGCCUACUGCAACACCCCCAAGCAUGAUUUAACAGGUUGAUAUGUGGAUGUUUCACUCGUUUGUUUGAAUCGGGAUUGUUCUCCUGUGGCUUUCUUGUGUAUGCAAUGUAUUAAAGUGAGGUAUGUUCUGGUGUGGCUGUUAACUGAAGCAUUUUGCACUAUAUAAGGUCUGCCACUUCACUGUAACUCAAAGUGAUGUUACUCGCCAUGUCGUUCCUCAUCAAUGGUUAUGAUUACAUCAUCGGCACUUUGUUCAUUGUCAUGCAAUAAAAGAUACUAAUAUUCUUCUGCA